AUGGGCCCUCCAGCAGCCCCCUGCCCGGGGUCCCUGUUUCAAGGGGGCUCAUCACCCACCCCAGCCGUCCUCCUCUUCCUCAUCCUCCUCCUCUUCCUCCUGGCCGGGGGAGCCACGGAGGGCUGCCUCCACUGCGGGCAUCAGUUCAAAAACCUGAAGAUGCGUUUUGCCCACCUCUGUGCCCGCUACCGAGAGCGUUUCGGCCGGGGGGGCUGCUCCAAGUACCCCUGGGGGUCAAAGGCCGUCCGGGACUUCGCCUUAGAUGAGGCAGCCCUGGACCUCCUCCUGGAGAAAGCCCAUCGGGUGCUCAGAGUGAUGGAAAUAAAGCAAAGUUUGACGGAUCUCCCGAAGUUUUGGAAUUGGCUGCACGAGGUGAAGAUCCCAAGCGAGACCCGAGAAGCUCUGUGUCCACCUGCCUGUCAUGUGGUGGCCUCUCUCUUCAAUUGUUCUACCUGUCGCCGGGCGGAGAUUCGCUGUUGGGAUAUGAGGACCUGCUAUCCAGAAUACCAGGGGUUGCCAAAGAUCAUCCAGCUGUGCCUCUACAUUUCUGGGUCCUGCUUCUUUCUUGGAUUGGUCUCCUGUGCAGUAGAGUUUCGGUUCCGUCCUGAGGUUGGAAGAAAAUAAGAAGACAGGGAGAAAAUUCGUAAUCUUUUAUGUGUCCUUAGGCACGCCAGCAGCAAGCGUGUAAGAGGGAGGAGACGUGGAAAAUGGGCGGGCAAGAACAUGAGCUCUGUAACCUUUCCCACCGAGAGAGCUGGCUGUAUUUACACAA